AUGGAGGUUUCUCAAAAGCGCGUGGAUAAGGUUCAGGCCUUUGUCGAAGACCGUCAAAAGGCCGAAAAAUUCUACGACGAGCAACGAGCAAGCCCAUCUGAUAUCCAAACGUACGAGAGGAAGCUUGAUAACACGCUCAAGGAGCUCCAAGAACGAGUCAGACAGCAGGAAGAAGAUCUGCGCAAGCUUCGCGCCGCCAAUGCAAAUGAUAUCUCCGACAUAGGCACUGACCCAGCAUCGCGCAUUGCUCAAAUACGACGUGCCAAAAAGGCUUACGACUCACUCCUGAAAUCGGACACCAGCCUACCAGAACCGGAAUCGCCCCUACCGUCCCUUAUCGCGCUUGACGAGACAUCGCGCAUCAUAACCGAAAGCAAGGACUCUGUCUCUGCAACAGCGGAGAAACUUGCGAGCGCGCGGCAACGUCUAAAGAUAGAGGAAACAAACUUACGCGAUGCGCAAUCGAUAAGGGACGGGUUACGGAAACGUAUAGACAACAUACGGAAAGACAAAUCAGCGAGCCGUGAGAAAUUACCUUCGGAGGUUGCGCGCGAAUUGCUGGAACAGCAGCGGCGGAAGAAAGACAAUCUGGACGAAGAUACGGCCCAAAUCAGAGCGGUGCUACAUAAAUUCUGCGAUGAAGUUCUCGCUUCAAUGAUAGCAGCUGAAGACUUGGGAGGCCCGGCAGUUGGAGAUGUCGCUGAAGUUUCGGAUGUUACGUUGGCGGCCGGGUACACACGCCAUGGUAAACCGAAGAAGCCAAAAGCCGUGGAGGAGGACAACCAAGAGAAUAACCAGCACCGGAUUGAUGAUAUGCUUCGCCGCCAGACCGGCCAGUCAAGCAAUCAGCCGUCAAGUAGGAGAGAGACGGCAGCGACUGAGGUACAUGAACUGCUCGACUCUCUGCUAGGCGCAGGUUCGUCCUAUCUUGAUAUACAAAACGAGUCUGCAGCGUCCAGGUUUCUGGUGAGGGCCAAGGUUGCUCAAUUCCACCCACGCGAUGCGAGGCGAUUAAGGUUGAUUGAUUUCGGCCGUUCAUUAAAUGACUGA